AACUCCCAACACAAAACAAAAAACAAAGCAAAGAAAAUAUAGCCACAAUCUCUCUAAAUUUAGGGUUUCAAUAACAAUAAUAAUAAUAAUAAUAAUUGACUCUCUCAAUAUCAUAAUAAAUCAAACACUAUUACCAGAUUUUCAUCUCCCGAAUUCCAUCACUUCCCUGGUUUAUUGCGAUGCACCGAGUGGGUAGUGCAGGGAACACGUCAAGUUCUGUUCGCCCACGCAAAGAGAAGAGGCUUACAUAUGUGCUGAAUGAUGCUGACGAUAAGAAGCAUUGUUCUGGCGUAAAUUGCCUGGCUGUAUUAAAGUCGUCUGUUUCUGAUGGGUCUGAUUACCUAUUCACUGGGAGUCGUGAUGGCACGCUGAAGAGAUGGGCACUGGCUGAAGAUUCUGCUACUUGCUCCGCAACUUUUGAGUCACAUGUAGAUUGGGUAAAUGAUGCGGUUCUUGUUGGUGAUAGUACACUUAUUUCCUGCUCUUCAGACACCACCCUUAAGACAUGGAAUUGCUUGUCUGAUGGAACUUGUACCAAGACUCUCCGUCAGCACUCUGACUAUGUUACUUGUCUUGCUGCAGCAGAAAAAAAUAGCAAUAUCGUUGCCUCUGGUGGCCUUGGUGAGGUUUUUAUAUGGGAUCUUGAAGCUGCACUUGCACCAGUCUCAAAGUCAAAUGAUCCUAUGGAAGAUGAUUGUUCAAAUGGUGUCAAUGGAUCUAGUAACUCGUUGCCCAUGACAAGUUUACGCACCAUUAGCUCAAGCAACAGCAUAUCUAUGCAUAAUUCUCAGUCCCAUGGAUUUGUCCCAAUUGCUGCCAAAGGCCAUAAGGAAUCAGUUUAUGCACUCGCAAUGAAUGAUAGUGGAUCUAUUCUUGUGUCUGGUGGAACUGAGAAGGUCGUGCGGGUUUGGGAUCCAAGGACUGGUUCGAAGGCAAUGAAGCAGGGGCACACUGAUAAUAUCAGAGCUCUGCUUCUGGACUCCACUGGCAGGUUUUGCUUAUCAGGGUCUUCUGACUCCAUGAUCAGACUAUGGGACCUUGGUCAGCAGCGUUGCAUGCAUUCAUAUGCUGUGCAUACAGAUUCUGUUUGGGCACUUGCCAGCACCCCAGCAUUUAGUCAUGUCUAUAGUGGUGGGAGGGAUAAUUCUUUAUACUUGACAGACCUGGCAACAAGAGAGAGUCUUUUGCUUUGUACGAAGGAACAUCCCAUUUUGCAACUAGCAUUGCAUGAUGAUGGCAUAUGGGUUGCAACUACAGAUUCUUCAGUUGAUAGAUGGCCCGCUGAAGGACACAAUCCUCAAAAGGUCUUUCAAAGAGGUGGUUCAUUUAGCAGGAAACCUGUCUUUUCAAGGGCUAGGGUCUCCUUAGAAGGGUCUACCCCUAUUCCUGUUUACAAAGAACCAACCUUAGGCAUUCCUGGGACUCCAGCGAUAGUGCAGCAUGAAAUUCUAAACAAUAGAAGGCAUGUCUUGACUAAGGAUACUGUUGGUUCCGUGAAGCUAUGGGAGAUCACAAGGGGUGUUGUAGUUGAAGACUAUGGAAAGGUGUCGUUUGAAGAGAAAAAGGAACAAUUAUAUGAAAUGGUAAGUAUUCCUGCAUGGUUCACCGUGGAUACAAGGCUUGGAAGCUUGUCUGUUCAUUUGGAGACACCACAAUGCUUUCAUGCUGAGAUGUAUUCUGCUGACCUUAACAUAGCUGGAAAACCUGAAGAUGACAAGGUUAAUCUAGCUCGUGAAACCCUUAAAGGUCUGUUGGCUCAUUGGUUGGCUAAAAGAAGGCAAAGACUUGGAUCCCAGGUUUCAGCUAAUGGGGAUGUCUUACCUGGGAAGGAUAUUACUCCUAGAAGUCUUGCACAUUCCAGAGUAGAGGUGGAUGGUAGUACUGAAAAUGACUCCAUGGUGUAUCCUCCAUUUGAAUUUUCAACAGUAUCGCCUCCUUCGAUUAUUACGGAAGGGUCUCAAGGAGGCCCAUGGAGAAAGAAAGUUACUGAUUUAGAUGGAACUGAAGAUGAAAAGGACUUCCCUUGGUGGUGUUUAGAUUGCGUGUUGAAUAAUCGCAUCCCUCAAAGAGAAAAUAGCAAGUGCAGCUUUUAUCUACAUCCAUGCGAAGGAUCAACUGUUCAGAUCCUCACACAAGGCAAACUAAGUGCACCCCGCAUACUGAGAAUACAUAAAGUUGUCAAUUAUGUCAUUGAAAAGCUGGUCCUUGACAAGCCGUUGGAUGGCGUUAAUCCUGAUGGGACAUUUGUUCCUGGACUUGGUGGAGGGCAGUCGCAGCAUUCAGCAGUUGGAGAUGGAUCCUAUAGACCUGGACUGAAGCCUUGGCAAAAGCUUAGGCCUUCCAUAGAGAUUUUGUGCAACAAUCAGGUGUUAUCCCCAGACAUGAGCUUAGCCACAGUCAAAGCUUACAUAUGGAAGAAACAAGAGGAUCUUGUUCUCAACUAUAGAGUGGUUCAGGGAAGGUGACUCCAUACAACUUUUGGAAGGAGGUUGGACUUGGCUUAUGAUGAUGGAAUUUUGUGCUUGUGUAAAAUAUUGGGGAAUACAUUGAUUCUUCUUGGUGCUUGGCAUGGUCAGACAUACAGUGAUCCUUGUAAAUUUGGAAAAGCAAUUCGGUGCUGGCUAGUAUAUGAAUUAGCUGAGAAGAUCCUGGUAGCAUUUUCGGCUGUUGGACAGAAGCUAUAUAACUUUGGAGUUUCAUCUAAGCCAUCAUGCAAGCUUUCUUUUUUUUUUUUUUUUUUUUUUGGAGAUGACACAGUUGUAGGUUUAGUCUGCAUGUGGCAAUGGAAAGAUAUGUUACUGGUGAAAAUUAACAUUGAAUAUCCUAGGAGCUUGCUGAGGGAGCCAAGUUAGCAUUAUGAUGUCGAAAGCUUUGUAGAUUUGUAUUGUUGGGUACAAUACAUAGCAUAGUAACUGUUGUUAAGAUGGUGGUUUUUUUCCUUUCCAACUUGUUCUUUUUUCCCCAUUUGUGGAAAUAAUACAAUUCCCAUUCAUUUUGAUCUUGUAAUGUGCCGAUAAUUUUGCCCGUGAAACUGAGGUGUCACAAAGUGAAACUCUGUAACUGCACAAGCAUUCAACGAGACCAAUUAAAGAGAUCAUAUGGCUUGGUUUACGAUUCUGGCAUAUUCCCUUUGUAUUGCAGCCAAAUGAGCAUUUCGACGCUACACACUGCUUUUCAUGGCCAUUAUAUAGUUGAAUGCUGUUUUCUCUUUUCCAAUGAAAUGAUUAUUCAAUUUUUUUUUUUU